AUGCUGGCUGCUGUGCUGAAGCGCUUCGGGUACGGCCACCUGGCGUUCAUGGAUUUUGUGGACUGGCGCGACUCCAUUGUCGGGUCUCCUCUGGACUUCAAGAGCUGGUCUUUCUGUGCAGCUUUGAGCGUUGAGGGGGAUGGUAUCGACUCCAUGGCCGAGACGAUGCUGGGUGCUAAAGCAAUUCGGGAAGCUGUUGGUGAGGCCUUUGACAAGUACGACCCGGCUGACUGUCUGGUGCGCAUGCUGCGGUGGUACACCGCUCAAGGAAGCAACAUGGGUCUCAGUAUCUUGAUGCCCUGCGUGUCCGCCUCGGCGCUUGAGAGGAUCCUACUGAUGCUGCGGCUCUUUGCAGCGGUGUAUGAUGCCCUCAUCGUGUGGAUGACGGCGCGAUGGUACCAGGUUGUUUUUCAGCGCCUUAGCAAGGGCGACCGCAUCCUGGAUGUCUGCGGCCUUGGCAGUCCGAGUUGUUCCGGCGGUGUCGCAGCUUUCGUAGAGGUCGGCAUUGGGACGGCGACAGCCUUGAUUCGCAACAAGGCGAUCGAGCCCGAAGAAGCAGACAGCGACGAUGACAGACAGGGAAGCACCCGCCGCACCAGCCGAUGGUGGUGGAUCUCCCAAGAGACCACGCUCGCCGAAGUCAUCCGACUCGGUUUCCGGAACUUCAUUACCCAGUUGAGGAAUGUCGUUUUCCCUCGUGCCACCGAAGCCCUCUUAUGCGCCUGGACGAUUCAGCUUAUCGAGAAUUUGUUCCGGCCACGGGCCUCUUUCUUUGAUAGGCCGACGGGACAGAGAGUGGCUGCCUACUUCAAUGAUGACCGCAUGUACCACGAGAGGGUGUUGCUGUGGAAAUCACAUGACAUGACUUGGGCCAUUCUUACCCCCGACAUGGAUGUCUACAUGGAGGAUUUCUCGGGGGCCGGAGAUGUAGGCUGUGACCGCUUUAGGAUCAAGGACGUCGAUUUCAAGUACUGGUCCAGGGUUGGCGGGGCGGUCUAUCGCUUCGGUGAGAUUGUAUCUGACGAGAUGUUGCGGAACAGCAUCGGCGAGGCCUUCGAUCUCAUGGGGGAGGAGGUCUUCAAAAGAGAGGCCUGGAGGCCAGAGAAGAUCCUUACGCAGGAUGGGACGAUGGUGGAUCCGUCGGCGUUCUUGGGGCGAAUCUUGGUUCCAAGGCGAGUCCGGGGGAAGGGCAACAUUGGGCAGGGCCCGACUGAAGAGCCCGCUUCGACUCCCAUGUCCCCUCCCGCGGGGUUCUUUUGGCUGAGUGCUGAGCAGCAUGGUGCCAUCAAGAUUGGUGACGAGAUUGACUUGACCGCCUUCAAGACCGUUGGCCUUGAUGGCCACAACGUAGCUUUCAAGACGGGGGCCCAGUGGCUGAGGGCAGAGCUCGUGAAAACCAGUGAGUUGGAUGACUUCCUUCGUGACCGGGCCGUCCGAGGCACGGUUGGGGCCAUGACGUCGCCCAAGGCAGUGGGUGCUGUCGAAGAAAGUGAUGACGGUGAUCAAAAGCAAGAUGUUCCGAGCGAAGACGCCAGAACUUUGGCCGUGGACUACGAUGAGCAAGGUGAGAGGUUCAAGGAUUGGAAGCAGGUUGUUGCAGAGAGCAGAGAGUAUGCCUACCAGGAUUGGCCGUGGGAGGGUCCCUUGACGACGCUAUACAUCCUUAAACAGAUGUACAAGCAAGGUGGGAACCCGAAGCUCUGGCUUCAGCUAUGGUCCAGAUCGAAGGGCGUUCAAGAGCAUGACAGGGUGAUGCACGAGUUGCGCACCCUGUGUGAGAUACUCUACCAGGGAGGCGUCUAUGACCAGUUGAAUAUGGCGACCUUGUCCAGUUUCGAGGUAUGCUGCAGACGCCUUCAGAGCAUCAUUGACGCCUAUGCCUCAGGCACCGCAUCAUCCCCCGAUUGGGGGGCGGCCAAAAUCAUCACCAACUUCCGAUCUCCAGAAGACAUCGUGGCCCCACAGCUUCGCAACUGGGCAGCCAAACGUGGAAAAGAUGAGGUCGAACUCGCGAAUGCAAGGGCCAAGAUGCGUGAUCAUCGUCGGCAGGAGGAGGUUUUUCUGCACCUUGAUAGUCUUGCUGACGAUGUCGCUCGUCCCCGUGAUGGGGAAGACAUCAAGGCACCUGAGGCAGCCCUUACCGAGCUGCUCAAGGGUCGCUCGGAGUAUCACACUCCGAGUGCGCCCGUGUCCCUGGCGCCGUUCAACCUCGAGCGCGUGAGCCUGCCGGAGAACUUGGAUGGUUUGCCGCCAGCCGAGACCCUCCUCCCGGAGCACGCCCGUCGAUAUUUGAGCCGGCCUGAGCAAAUGCUUUCAGAGGAGGUGCCCGUGGACUCCUUCACUCCGUAUUGGGAUGCGUGUCUUCUGCACAGCAAGCGGCAAUAUGUUUCUUUUCUUCGAAAGCUUAUGAGCAUUGAUUUCUUGCUUUUUACUACAGAACCCAAAGAACACAUCGGCAUAUUCUUUGUUUACAAGAGCGAUGGCCACCGCAUACGGCUUAUCGUCGACGCUCGAGGUGCAAAUCGACACUUCAGGGCCCCUCCGGGGGUCGACCUGUGUUCAGCCGAGGGGUUUGCUCGCCUUGAGGUUCAGCUACCUGCCGACUGUGUGGAUCGACCUGCUGCACUUCAGCAUUCUUUGCGGCAGGGGGGCCUACAUUUCGGACUAAGUGAUGUUAAGGACGCUUUCCACAGACUGCGGCAGCCACCGUGGCUGGCAAAGUACUUCUGCAUGAGGCCCAUCGAAGCCCACUACCUCGGAAUGACCGGCAAAGAGCUGGACGGCAAGAGGUUGAGGUCCCAAGACAAGAUUUACCCCAUGCCUGGAUCUCUUUGUAUGGGUUUUACAUGGAGCCUGUUCUUCUGUCAGACUAUCAACGAGACCCUGGUAGGAUCUAUUCCCCGUCUUGAACAUUCCGAGUCUGUGCGAGAUCGUGGAGUUGCAUGUUGCUUCGAUCUCAGAGGAGAUCUCGACUCAGGAGCUCAGGUUCAGGAUUUAGUCCGGCACUACGUGUGUGUGGAUAAUCUCGGCCUCGUAUCACCUCAUGAGGCUGUGGUCCGCUCCGGCCUCGAUGAGCUGGAUCGCGAGUUCGCUGGGCGGGGGCUUCUUCUCCACCCCGGCGAGGUGGGGACGGAGGUCACUGCGCUUGGAGUUGACCUCGAUGGCACCAAGUUGUGCGCAAAAAUCACGUCUAAGCGAUUCCACCGUGUGCGGCAGGCAAUCAGGGGCAUCCUCCAGCGGAAGCGCGUCUCUGGCAAGGUGCUCGAGAUCGUGGUGGGUCAUGCUACAUUUUGUGCCAUGUUAUGCCGUCCCUUGCUUAGCAUCUUCAACACCGUGUAUAAGUACAUCCGGAGCUGCUACUUCAAGCCUGAGUUUCUCUGGGGCACCGUUCGCCAGGAGCUGCAGGCCUUCGUCGGUGGCAUGCUCUUCCUUCGAGCCGACUGGUGGCGGCCUUGGGGGGAAACGGUGACCAUGACAGAUUCAAGCAAAGGGGGCUUCGGAGUAUGCAGUUCCUCGUGGUCUCCGAGUACUGUUGCAAGGGUGGGGCGUCAGCCGGAACGGUGGUGUCCCGAUGAGCGCCUCUGGACCGUCGACGAGGAGGCAGAGGGGCUGGACACUCAAUGGCAGAUUGACGAAACCUUCGAAGAGGUGCCGGCUUGGUGGGACUUCGAGGAGGACAUCUCCAUUCUCGAAGCUCGUGCCUUAACCAAGGGUGUUCGAAGGAUCGCCUUGAUGCCUUGCUCCCGGGAUCAGAGACUUCUCUUCUUGUCUGAUAACAUGGGCGUCGUCCUUGCUUUUGCUCGCAGUCGAAGCGGCCAGUAUGGGUUGUUGCAGCAGAUACGCAAAGCCAACGCCUACCUCUUGGCAUGUAACAUAUCAGCAAGCUACAGGUGGCUACCCAGUGAGUUGAACAGCAGUGAUGAAGGCAGUCGUUUGCACGGCGAUCUUUCUUCAAAGACCUUAGCAGAUCAGAUUCGCGCUACUGAGCCUGGUUUCGAUGAGAAAGUUGCGAAAGCGGGUGCUGGCGCCGCCAGCACAGGCCAACGCCUCAUUUUUGGGGCCCACCAAGCAUCGGCGGCUAGAGGCACCGACGCCCCGUGCUCAAGCGGCCAGCCGAAGUUCCCAUCUACGGGCUCCGGAGCUUGCGCUCAACUCUGCAGCACAUCGGAGACAGGAGGCCCUCGAUCUGAGCAAGGUUUCUACGAAAAAGUCGGUGGGGCCUUCUGCGGCCGAGCACAGAAAAAUCAGCGGAGAGGCCAGUGGCAGCUCGAGCACCAGCCGCUCGCCGUCGCCACUACCAAAGUCCAGGAAGCGUCGCCUCCCAAGGAUCUUCUUCCUCAGACACACUUGGAGCAGCAGGCGGUGCAAAAGCGGACUCAAGACAGUUAUGCGGUAGAGCUGGAUCGGUUUAAUCAAUUCGCUCAGGAGAACAAGUUGACCACAACGCCGGGGGAUCCUUUGGAUGCGGCGCUGGUGCAACACAUGAAUCAGAUGUUUGCCGCGGGAUACCAGAGCUACCAAGGCGAUCGAUUGAUGGCUGCAGUCAUGCAUCGUCAUCCGGCUUGCGGUCGGUUGGGAAAUGUGAAACUUCCUCGGGCCUGGAGGGCCCUCAAAGGAUGGAGAAAGCUAUGCCCGGGUCGCACAAGAGAUGCCUAUCCACUUGCGGUUUGGGCAGCCGUGGCGGCGCUUCUGGUGACGUGGGGAUUGCUGGCCAUGGCUGUCUUUGUGAUGGUAGCGGUAUCUUCGUACGCGAGGCCGUGCGAGCUUCUCCACUGCAAAAAGGAAUCGCUAGUGCGACCUGCGAGCCAAGUGACCUCACAUUGGAGCCUCCUACUGAUGCCAGAGAAGGAGCAUCGGGUUUCAAAGACCGGCCUGACGGACAUCAGCAUCAUCCUCGACAGCCCUUUCUUGGGGCCGAAGGUCUUCAGUCAGAUGAAAAAGGGGCGUCAGGAUCAGCCCCUGUGGUCGUUCGACUACGGCGCCUACUCCAAGGCCGUGGCGGCAGCGGCGUCCCGCCUAGGCGUGAGUCUGACGCCUUACCAAACGCGUCACAGCGGCCCAAGCAUAGACAGAAGUCGCAACUAUCGCAGUCAGCUCGAGGUCCAGCGACGUGGACAGUGGAAAAGCACCAAGAGCGUGCACAGAUACGAGAAGAGUGCGAAACUUGCAUCGGUGUGGAAUCGGAUCCCGGUGCAGAAGCGGCUCUUCAUGCAACUGUGCGAAGAUUCGCUUGGGGGUAUCCUGGGCGGUACAGCGGGUGUCCCACGCAUCGCCGAGGUCGAUAUCUCCAAACCCAGUUUUAUGUGA